AUGUCAUGGGCGGAGCCUGCGGACAUGGACACUCUGAGCGAGCUGCCUAGGCAGUCCAUGGUGGGUAGCAGCGGCAGGCCGCCCAAGCUGUCGCGGACGACGUCGUCUGUUGGUCGGUCUGCCAAGUCGCGAGGAGGGAGCGGUGGCGCGUCGAAGUCGGAACGGAGACUGCUGAUGGAGGCCAAGGCCGGCGUUGGGGCUGCCAUUGCAGAGGACCGACAGGAGCGGUUGAUCGCGAAGCGGCGGGCGAGGAGAAUCGUUCGUGUUCUGUACUACGCCAUGAAGGUGGUCGGGGUGGCGGCAUGCGUCUACACCUCGGGGCUCAACGCGACACUCGUCUACAUGAGGCCGGACUUUGGACUCCAAGACAGGCUCGUCAGGUCCUACCUGGUUUUGUUCGGCGUUGGCGGCGUGCUUGCGGAGCUCGACACCCCUUUCGCCAAGGCCAACUUCAGAGCGCUGCAGAAGUGGUGGUUCAAGGCUCCCUUUUACGUGUUCAUGGCCUGGCUCUGCUUCGACGCCAGCCUCUCCCGGGGCACCGUGUGGUUUCCCCUCGAGCUAGCCUCGUUCGUCGCGCUCCAGACCAUGGGCGCCAUGGCCGUCGUUCUCAACGUCUGCCUGAGGGAGGUGCUGGAGAGAAGCGGGGCUUUCGGCAAGCGGCGAGGCAAGAAGUCCGCGUCGUCAUCGUCACGACGGUUACGGCGAGGAGCGAGCGGGAUCAACUCAUCGUCCCGCGGAUCAGGGACCGACGAAGACCCAGCAGACCAUCGUCCUCCCCAACCGACACCGAAGGCGAUUUCAACGCGGACCGAGACCGCGACAGCAGCAGCAGGCGCGCUCCGGAGAUGGUACCCGAGAGAGCCAUGUCCGGGCCCGGCCGCUUGCUCUCGCCGACGCAAAGCGUCAACUACGGCGGUAGCACCGUCGGAUUUGGCGGCGGCGGCGGUGGCAGGGCGGGGUCUUACGGCACGGGGGAGAACGGUGGCGGGAGCGGUGAUGGUCUCGGGGGGGCGAUUUCGGGCAAAAUCAAGUGGUGGUUGGACCGCGGGGGCGGCAGCGGUGACGGAGAGAGCGCGCCCCUCCGCGGCGGUGGUGGGCGAGAGAGGCAGGGUGAGUUGGCGUCGUCGGUGGCCUCUCCCCCGGCGUCGGUGUCCACAGCGCGAAGCGGCCGCACGAACUGGUGGGAGGACAGCGACGGCGACGACGAUGGCUCGAGCUCCUUGGCCAGCUUCACCCAAUCGGACGGCAUGUCGGAAGUGGGUAGCAACGCGCUUGCCCGGAACUCAAGCGAAUCGCUACCUCCAUCGGGGCGGGGCUUUGGCAGAGCGAACACCUUCGGCGGGGGAGGGAGCGUUACGGGCUCUGUUAGCGGCGGGCAGAACGGAGGAGGAGGAGGAGGAGGAGGAGGAGGAGGAGGAGGAGGAGGAGGCGGGAGUCUGCGCGGGUUCGGCCCCCGACGAUCAAGCAGGCGACCCGGGGGGUGGGAAGCCGGAGUAG